GAGGUGUAUUCUGCGAGAUGUGAUGUGACCGUAGGACGGAGGAGCUUUUCAAGGCCUGUUUACUGUCUCCUCCUCCUCUGAUCUGUCUCUUCUUACUGGGGGCUUUUAUUUGCAUGUCAUUGUGGUCCUAAAGGAGAAAAUGGCAGCAAACUCUGAAACAAACAGCGACUACGAGGACCAAGACAAGGAAUACGUGGGAUUUGCCACACUGCCAAACCAGGUGCACCGUAAGUCUGUCAAGAAGGGCUUUGACUUCACCCUGAUGGUAGCAGGAGAGUCUGGUCUGGGCAAGUCCACCCUGGUCAACAGCCUCUUCCUCACAGACCUCUACAAGGACAGGAAGCUACUCAACGCUGAGGAGCGGAUCACUCAGACAGUGGAGAUCACUAAACACACAGUGGACAUUGAGGAGAAGGGCGUCAAGCUGAAGCUCACCAUCGUAGACACCCCUGGCUUUGGAGACGCUGUCAAUAACACUGAAUGCUGGAAGUCAGUGGCGGACUACAUCGACCAGCAGUUUGAGCAGUACUUCAGGGACGAGAGUGGACUGAACAGGAAGAACAUCCAGGAUAACAGAGUCCACUGCUGCCUCUACUUCAUCUCUCCCUUUGGACACGGUCUGAGGCCUCUGGAUGUGGAGUUUAUGAAGGCCCUUCAUGAGAAGGUCAACAUUGUGCCCAUCCUGGCCAAGGCAGACACACUCACACCCACCGAGGUCAAGAAAAAGAAAUUCAAGAUCCGAGAGGAGAUCCAGCAGUAUGGGAUUAAGAUCUACCAGUUCCCAGACUGUGACUCUGAUGAGGAUGAGGACUUCAAACAGCAGGAUCAGGAGCUCAAGGACAGUAUACCGUUUGCGGUGAUCGGCAGCAACACUGUGGUGGAGGCCAAAGGGAAGAGGGUCCGGGGUCGUCUCUACCCCUGGGGCAUCGUGGAAGUGGAGAACUCGGCACACUGUGACUUUGUGAAGCUGAGGAACAUGUUGGUGAGGACACACAUGCAGGACCUGAAGGAUGUGACACGGGAGACCCACUAUGAGAACUACAGGGCUCACUGCAUCCAGAACAUGACCCGCAUGGUGGUGAAGGAACGCAACCGCAAUAAACUGACCAGGGAGAGCGGCACAGACUUCCCCAUCCCUGUGAUACCAAGUACCACAGACACCGAGACGGAGAAGCUGAUCCGAGAGAAAGAUGAAGAGUUGCGGCGAAUGCAAGAGAUGCUCACAAAGAUCCAGGAACAGAUGCACACGCAGAAGGAGGCUUAUUAACCCAGGCUACUACUAGAACCCCUGUCCCUCUGUAAAUGCAGCCCCCCUCUUUCCACUACUAGGGUGGGCACCCCUAGUACCACUCUACUCUAGUCCACAAACAUUGUCUACUCCAGCUCAUCCAACCCCGACAGCCACCACUCCUCAUUUAGUCAAUAACCCUCACUAUCAGAGACUGAUCCAUGACCAGGCAUGAGGUAUUCACAGACAGUAGGUGGCAUGGAGAGAAUUUGCCUUCUCUUCCAACAACAUGGAAGUCCUGUGUCUCCACACCUGUUGUGGAAACUCUAACAGUAACCACGGGCACUCCUGUCGAGUGCCAUUGCUUGAGCGCAACACCGGGCCGGACAGCACCGACCUAACCACCUGCUUGUCCUUAAAGGGUUACGGCCGGGUCCUGCCUGCCCUCUUUCCACUCAUAGUUUACCUGUGGUCUUCUCAUGAGAACGUUUUGCCUUCCAGUUCAUUGCUAACACUUCAAUGUUCAUUGAUGUUUCUCCUUAGUGAACUCUAACCCUGACAUUGGUUAAGGGGUAGACUGUAGGGAAUGUGUUGUCCUGUCCCUCUGCUAGGUGUUUGAAAGUUUAUCUCAUAACAAAUGUAGUUGUGUGGUCUUAACCAACAAGGUUAAGGUUUGACGAGGUCUGUUGUGAAGGAGGUUGGCCUGCCAAAUAUUUUUUUUUUGUCAUGCACAAUUUUUUCCCCAAGAGCAUUUUUUUUAAAGGUCAAUACUAUAGAUGGUCAUACAGAUCAUAUGUGAUACUUUUUUUUCUACAAUGUUACAUUUGUAAAUGUUUUUGUUACGGGAUUGCAUCUAUCACUUGCUAUUGCUUUUAUUUGCAUUGCUACACAGAACAGCGAGAAAUUCCUUGUCGUGGAAUGAGUCAUUUUUUCACAAUUUUUAUUUUUAAUUUCAACAAAUGUUACUGAAGUACUGUUGGGUGUUUUUUUGACAAAUGUGUGUUAAUAGGGCUAACUAAUGUCCUUCACUCUCCCAAUUCCAGCAUGCUCAACCAUGGGUUGUUCAUUCUUGUAUUUUACUGAAAAAGGACACCCACUACUUACAGUUCUGAUAUCUGUAAUGAUAGUUUGAGAGUUUUCUGGAAUAUUGUUGACUUGCAGCUCUACAGGGUCGUCCUCAGGUCGUAGUAAAACGUUUUGCAGCGAAAAUGAAAAUGUGUGUUCUUAGACUGGGAUACAAUCCGAUUAUAGGCACUGCGACUUUUAAAGGCAAUUUCAGAUUAAGCUGACAUAUGCAGCGUUUACGUGAUGUGAUCUCUGCGAACGCAGAGAACAUUGCCUUUUUAAAAGCCGCAGUGCAAAACCUGAGAUCUGACUAAAUCCUGGCUCAAAUUGACAAGUUCCAGCAUUAACUGAACAUGACCCAAGAGGAGAAAACAGAAGCCUUGAGCUAGCUAUGUGCCAGCCAAGAGAUGCUGGCCUGGGGACCAAGCAGACAGGACAAGGCCCUUAUUCUGCCAGAGGUCAGGGGGCUAGAGAAUGACAGGGUCACUUCAGUAAGGUGCCUGUUUGUUUGUGUGUAUAGUGUCUGAUAUAGAGGUGUCUGAUGUAGCAGGCCUUCAUUCAUGGGUGAUAUUUUUCUUGAUGUGUGAUAUUUUUCUUGAUUGUUUGUGGACAGUAAGUAUGCACCCACUAUUUUGAAGUACAUUAAGUAGAUAUGUAUGAGUGGAUGAUUUUAUUAUAGUAGAUAUAUUAUGCACUCAACGCAAGAGAAAUUGUAAUUACUUAUCAUUUAGGUAUUUUCCACUCCCAUGUUUCCCCCCAAGAAUUUUGACUUUAAACACAUUUUCUUUUCAUGAAGAUGAAUAGUUGUGCAUAUGUAUUUAUUUUCCUCAGGUGCAAAUGUCAGUUCAUUCACAAGGAACAAGUCAUGAGACAUAAAAAUAUACAUUUGUUUGGAUUAUUAGUAUCAUGAGUGCCAGAAAUGUAUUGAAAUAAUCAGAAUAAAAUAUUUUUAUUUCACA